AUGUCGUCGGCGAAGUCACCCGUGGGCGAAUCCGCCCCGGAUCUCGAAAUCGUUGGCGACCAGGUUACGAUCCAUCCCAGCGGGUAUACUGGAGGUCCAGAGCCGCAAGAUGGAGGCAUUACGGAGCGCAAUCUCAUCAAUAACAUGGCGCGGUUCCGCGAGAACCCGUUCGAUUUCCUGCGCGAAGUGAGCACGUACAUGAUGUCGGGCUCUAGCUGGCGCUCCUACGACGAUGUCAUUGGGCAGCCGAUAUAUUAUUCUGGGUUUACAGAGCAGAUCAAAUCACAUAUUCUGGCGAGCCCGAUCCUGCGGGACAAGGUCAAAGAGCUCGCGGAGGCGCGAGUAGAGGUGGAGGAUAAAGAGGGGCUUCUUCAAAUCAAGACUGGACAGUUUGCGCGGACUAGAACGCAGAGACGGAAUGAGCUGGAGCAUAACCUCAACGAGGCGGUGGACCAGAUGUUGGAUAACAUGAUUUGCAAGAUGGAGAGCAAGCGGUUCAUCCGCGGCGCAUACUACCUUGCUAGCCAGCUUCUUACCCGAGCCUAUCACCAAGGCAUUCACGUAUCUAGCGAGGAGAUCCUACGGUUACGAGGUGUUGCGGAGGAAGCCGCAAAAAAGAAGCAGUCCAUCGUCUUCUUGCCAUGCCACAAGUCGCACGUCGACUAUGUCUCGCUUCAGAUUAUUUGCUACCGGUUAGGAAUUGCCUUGCCUGUUGUCGUCGCCGGAGACAACCUGAAUAUCCCCCUGGUAGGCCCCUUCCUCCAACAUGCAGGCGCAAUGUGGAUUCGACGAAGCUUCGGAAACGAUGCACUGUACAACACCGUGGUUCAGGCGUAUAUCGACACGAUCUUACAGAAGGGGUACAACUUCGAGUGUUUUAUCGAAGGUGGACGAUCCCGAACCGGAAAGCUCCUGUCACCGAAGUUUGGAAUCCUCAGCUUCAUCGUGGAUAGUGUACUGUCCGGCCGUACUGAAGACACCAUCAUAUGCCCUGUCAGUACGCAAUACGACAAAGUAAUUGAAACUGAGUCGUACAUCAGCGAGCUUCUGGGUCAACCCAAGCGCAAGGAGAAUCUAGCCGAUUUCUUAUCUUCGUCGUCUGUUCUGUCUCUCAAGCUGGGCAGGGUAGACGUGCGAUUCCAUAAGCCAUGGAGCUUGAGGGAAUACAUUACUCAGCACUUAUCCAGAUUGCCGCAGCAGUUGGAGCUGAAGCAGGGGAUCAAACUCGGCCUCGGCAAUUCCGAACGGGGCCGGCUUUUGCGAUCGCUAGGAUACAGAGUCCUAUCAGACAUCAACAAUGUCUCCGUCAUGAUGCCGACGGCUUUGGUAGGAACUGUUCUUUUGACUCUUCGUGGACGUGGAGUCGGCAAAGCCGAGCUUGUCCGGAGGGUGGAAUGGUUAUGUGACCGUGUACGAGCCAAAGGAGGACGAGUUGCGCAUUUCUAUCGAUAUCCAACAGAGGUGGUUGUGAAUCGCGCGCUCGACGUGCUCGGGCCGAAGAUUGUGGGCGAGGUCACUGGAUUGGUCGAACCGACAUACUUUGCUGUAGAUCGUUUCCAGCUUUCGUUCUACCGGAAUAUGACCAUCCACCUGUUCAUCACCGAGGCGCUCGUAUCUGCAGCGAUGUACACAAGGGUGAAGCAAGGAGGUGGACCCGCGCAUCAGCGGAUCUCUUUCGGCGAUCUCCUACAUCAUGUCACUUUUCUUUCUCAGCUCUUCCGUGGCGAAUUCAUUUUCCCUCCAGAAGGUCUGACCACAAAUUUGGAGAACACCUUGCGGGUCCUCGAAAACGACCAAGUCCUGGAAAUCACUAGGGACUCUACCGGCGCACCACUAUUCGUUGAGCUCUCAGAAGCCGAGCGCCAGUGUGGACGCGAGAAUUAUGACUUCUACUGCUUCCUUAUCUGGCCAUUUAUUGAGGCCUCAUGGCUAGGAACCGUAUCCCUACUAGGUCUAACUCCGCCUCUCAGCGGGCCGAAGGAUGUGUGGAUUGAUCUAAGCAAGGCGCAGAACAACGCACAACUGCUCGGCAAAACGCUCUAUCACCAAGGAGACCUAUCCUACUUCGAAGCGGUCAACAAAGAGGCACUCAAGAACUCCUACGAGCGAUUCGCCGAAGAAGGCAUUAUCAUUGUCGCGAAGAGCAAAGAAGCCCGCUCGCCCACCAAAAUGAGGCUCGCUUCAGAGUGGACGCCAGAGCGUGACCCAGAGACAGGGAAACUCCUCCCUCAAGGCCGCCUUUGGGACUUCAUGGAGCUGAUUGCUCAGUCUAGACGCGAAGGGAAAAACCGCCGAGAUGGGGCAACUGUUUCUUCUCGUGUCCUGACCAUGUCCGACAAUGUUGGCCGUACGUUGUUCGAGACUGCUGAGAGUCGUGAGCCAACGAAUGAUGUUGCUUUGUCGACUACAGCGCCGCGAAGGAAGGCGCUUGCGCCUAUGGCGAAGUUAUAA